AAAAGUUCAACCAUAUAACAACGGCUAUGUACUGUUCCCGGGAGAGAGAGAGGCUACCGGAGAAGGAAAGGUAUCGAGCUCCAAACCCUAAUUGUUUUAGCGGCGUGGAUCCGUUGUCUCCGUUUCUAUUGCAUCGGAUCGUAGAUCGGAGGAAUUAUUGCACCGUCACGAUUUCCGGCGACGAAACCCUAGUUUCAAUCCGGAGGCUUCCGUCUGGAAAUUAGGGUUUCAUUUUCUUUCAUGGUAGCAGAAAUCAGAUUUGCGCUGUUUUGAGGGAGGAUCUCUGUUUAUCUGAACUGGAGAAGAGAAGGAAGCAUAAAUCGAGCGGGAUAAGGGCUUGAAUUUUGGGUUUUUCGUGGUACACUUCGGGGCCUGUUAGCGGAGAAGGAAAUGAUGAAGGCAAAGAGAUGCGAAGCUUUGAAGUUUACUCGAGGAGAGGGAGAUGUCAAAGAAAACAGACGCCGAACGUUGCCGUUGCCGACGAUCGCGAGAAGCCGGAGGUAGAAACGAAAGCUCGGAACGAAACUAGCCGCGUAAACCCUCCGGAAGCCCUAGACGAAAAUGCUGUGGAUUCUAUUGUUGCGGAGAAGCAAUCUGUUGAAGUUGCGGCUCCAGAGACCAUUUCGCCGGGGGACGCAAAGGCCUCAAUUGAUGAACCCUCUGAAAACCCACGCAUGAAUGAUUCUGAUAAAGCUGUUGAAGUUCAAGAUGUUCUCGGUGUGGCCUCUGUGGAUAAGAAUACGAUUCAACCAUGCCCGGGGGUGGCAGAGGGGCCCCCAGGGAGGGUGGAACAGCUCAAAAGAGUAUUCCUUCCUCCUCAAAUAGACAAGCCAAGUAGCAGGGCAAGCAGAGAUAACAGCUCUACUAGUGAUUUCAGUACUUCUAGUGAUUCAGAUAAUGAUAGCUUUUCAUCAUCUGGAUCAGAUCAGAUCAGACCUAUGAGCACAAGUGUGGCUCUCUCAUGAUAUACCCUUGUGCUGUGAGAGGGUUAUUGAUUGAUAGUUCGUCAGAGAUUUCCAACUGUUGGUGUUGCACAAAACCCAAUCCUGUGGCCUUGGCAUUACAUUGUGAGUUUUUUUCUUUCUUGAUAAUAUUCUCUGAAACAGAGAGGAAGAGGAUGGUUGGAGUUGUUUUAAAGGGGAUGGAAUAUAUUAAUGUAAGGGAUGAUAAUAUGAUAUGUACAGCAAAGUGGAGGAGUGGGCAGGAAGAUGGUUUUUAGGAAGAAGAUGAAUGUGUGUAAAGCAAAAGAUAUUUGAAGGGAUGAAAUCUUUUUUUUUUAAAUUUAUUUUUGGGGUAUUGAAAAAAGUGAUUGCUGGAUUUGUAUGGUAGGAGAAAUGGUUGGAUGUGGGUUUGGUCUGGUCUUGUCCAUUUAGGUGGAGAAGUGAGAAGCCAGACAUCAUCAUCAUAUCAUUAUUGUAAGUCUCAUUGAGCAUCUCUCUCUCCCCCACACACAGCUCAUUCCUCUCUUCCAUCUUUGAGUUUUAGGGUUCAAGCAUCAGAUUCAGGAUUCCUUUGCAAGUUGCAGACUGAUGGAAUAUGAAUAUUUUCUUUUCUCUUCUCUCUUUUUAUAAUUAUUGUUUCGGGGUUUGGCAGAGAUGAAGUGCUCAGAAAAUCUUAUAUCUAACUUUUGUUGACAAAUGACAGUAUUUGGAAAGUGACACACAGGAGACAGGGUUGGCAUCAAAAUUCACAAGAGAAUGGGUGCUUUCCUCUUCUCUCGCAAACCAUUAUUCAAUGAUUCCUUCCCUCCCCCUUCUUAUAUAUAUAUAUAUAUAUAUAUUAUUAAAGCCUUUUUUUUCCUAAUCUUACGUAGUACCAAACCCAUUAUUAUUGUAUUUAUUUAUUAUUUUCUCCUCCUGUCCCACCCACCAAACUUUUCUAAUACGGAAGGGUAAGUAUUAUUAUAUUCAUUUUUUUAUUAACAUUUUGUUUCGGUAUACAUAAGUACUCAGGCCACCUUCAAUUUCGGCACCACACGGGCAACAGUUAAGAAGAAGAAGAAGAAGAGAGCCAUGUGUGACGGAGACUGUCGCCCUCUGGGCUUCCUAUUGGGACUGCCCUUCGCCUUCCUCUCUCUCCUCCUCUCCAUCAUCGGCGUCUUCAUCUGGAUCGUCGGAUUGUUGUUAUCGUGCAUAUGCCCAUGUUGCCUGUGCGUGACGGUGAUAGUGGAGGUGGCUCUGGGGUUGAUAAAGGCGCCGAUUCAUGUCAUGGAGUGGUUCACUUCCCAGAUUCCCUGUUGAUUAUAUGUCUUUUAUCAUGUUUCUUAGCGUAGAAUAUAUAUUAUUUUGAAGGUUUUCUUCAAAUACUCUCUGUUUCUCCGACAAGUCUUUGGGAUAUAAUGCAUUCAAAGGAAAGGGUUCUCCUUUACCCUCUU